AUUUUGGUAAAUCAUUUACCCAUCAGCAGAGAAUGCCCUGACUGCUGCACAGAUAAGUUCAAGGUGGAGCAGAGGAUCUCAAACAUACAAGCUUGGACUCUAAGCUCCUGACACUUUCUCCAAGGGGAUAAUUGAAGUUCUGGCCACACGGAGAGCAAGGAGGGAACAUGGAGAAGCUGUUGCUGUGUUUCCUGGCCUUCCUUAGCCUCCCCAGUGCUUUUUCAGCGAUAGACAUGAGCAAAAAGGCCUUUGUCUUCCCCAAAGAGUCAGAUGAUUCCUUUGUAAGGCUGAUAUCACAGCAAAAACAGCCACUCAAGGCCUUCACUGUGUGCCUAUAUGUCUAUAGUGACCUGCCCCGCGGAUAUAGCAUCUUCUCUUACAACACAAGAACACAAGACAAUGAGAUCCUUCUCUUCAAGGAGAAGACUGGAGAAUACAGCAUAUCUGUGGGUGGGACUGACAUAUUUUUCAAGUAUCCUGGUAAUUCUGCACCAUUGCAUAUGUGUAUCACUUGGGAGUCGGUCUCAGGAAUUGUUGAACUCUGGGUGGAUGGGAAGCCCAUGGUGAGAAAGAGUCUGAAGAGGGGAUAUAGUGUGGGAUGGGAGGCAAACAUUGUCCUAGGGCAGGAGCAGGAUUCCUUUGGUGGAAACUUUAACAAAGAGCAGUGUUUGGUGGGAGAAAUUGGAGAUGUGAACAUGUGGGACUUUGUAUUGUCACCAGGAGAGAUUCGUAGUGUCUAUUCUGGUGAGAGCUUCAGUCCUAAUGUUCUGACCUGGCGGGCGCUGGCAUAUGAGAUGUAUGGUGAAGUGUUCACCAAGCCACGGCUGUGGCUCUGA